AUGCAUUCUCCAACGUUGUGUCGACCAAGACAUUUAGACCCUGAGCGACUGCGAGCUAGACUUGGCUCAGAGAGAUUCCAGAAGCUGAGAUACCAUGAAGCUGCAGUGGUGAGCACUGGGCAGUUCCACUUGUUCGCUCUGAGCAGCGAUACGCUGUUCAUUGUGCCUCUUAUGAGUCGAAGAGAAGCUGAUCCGGAUAUGUGCGUACCACUACGGAGUAUUGCCAUGGUGGAGCGAGUACUGCCUUCCAGCAAGAAGCAAAAAGGUUUGCUACUGCUCCCGACCAGCCAACUGUUUCGAUUACAAUUGCGAGAGGUGAAGUCUAAGAAAAUACCGACGGAGUUGUUCUUCUCGACGUUUGAGCCGCAGACUCAACUCUUCUUUCAGAUUUCAAGAGCAUUGCGCGUAGACUUUCAGAGACAGUUGAUUCCGCAACUUCAAACUACAGACACUUCAUCGAAAGAACAGCGUCUAGAGUUGACGAAUUUGUUAGAACUGUUUGUGCUGGAUCUAGUUCGUGCACGUGACGACGUUGAGCGUGCUCACUUAAUUGAUGAGCUCACUACAGCUGCGUAUUCUUCGGACGAAUUGAGACAGCUUUUCUUUGAAGAUCGUACACAAGUCUCGGGCUGUAUCGGUCUAGUUGCCCUAUUAGCUCGUCAUCUUUCGCUUCCACUUCGUCGAAGCGAGAAUAUCGAAGCGAGAGUGGAUUUCCUACUCAGUAUUGCACGUGUAUUCAGUGCUAUGUGUUUCGACAUGCAACUACGAACGAGUUGCUUCGAUGUGCUGGCACCGAACGAGUUAGUACGCAAUCUACUUGCUCGUGGCGUGGAGAGCUACGAUAAAGCCGAAGAUGGUUCUGUCGAUGAACAUGUGGUGCGAGAGGAUUUCAUCGACGCCCAAGCUGCUGUUCUUCUUGCACUUGAUGCAAUGCAGCAGUACGAGGACUUUCGUUCGCAUCAACAUCAGCAAAUGAGGGGCUUAUUGAUCGAGAGGUCUACGUCCGUCAUGCAGCAAGCUAUUCGAGCACCGACAUUUGCAGAAUGGCUUCCUAAAUUCUUCGAGAGAGUCUGCAUAGCAGUAUCGCGAGCAGUAAUCGCAAUUGAGCGACACGAAAAGCGCGAGAUUGAGGAAGUUCAAUACAGUGAACAAGAGGAAACAGAGGACGAAGAGGACGAUGUUGACUGUAGAGAAGGCUUGGAACCAUCUCAGAUGUUAGCACUCUGGCGAUGUGUGACUGUUCUGGAUCUGCUAGUAAGGUGCGACGUAGCUUCAGGUAGCGACCAAGUGCUGGCAAUACUCCUGCGAACCCGAAAAGACUACAUCAACAUGUACCUGAGAACUCCACGCUUCAUGAGAGCAUUGAAUACGAGCGGUAUUCCACAUUUCGAGGAUCUUGCACUUAAGCUGAGUAGGUUUCUCGAAGCACUACGUGACCGACGGAGAAGCUAA